GGCAUCAGAUUGCGUCGGGCUCCAGCGGGGUCGAGUCCGGUAGCGGUGGCGGGUCCCUGCUGGCGGUUUGGCUAGAUCCGUGUUAAAUUGCUCCUGCUUUGUGAAAGAUCUGGCCUCUCAAAAGGCACAGCAUCACUGUUUCAUGGUGUGUGGAGAUAACCCGGAAAGUUAAGGACGUUUCUAAGGAGAAUUUGCAGAGGAUGCUCUAGGAAAAAUCUGAACACUGAAGGAAGUGAAAAUCAUGGACCAGAACAACAGCCUUCCUCCUUAUGCUCAGGGCUUGGCCUCCCCACAGGGAGCCAUGACUCCUGGAAUCCCUAUCUUUAGUCCAAUGAUGCCUUAUGGCACAGGACUUACUCCGCAGCCUAUUCAGAACACCAAUAGUCUGUCUAUUUUGGAAGAGCAACAAAGACAGCAGCAGCAACAGCAGCAACAACAGCAGCAGCAGCAGCAGGCAGUAGCAACUGCAGCAGCCUCAGUUCAGCAAUCAGCAUCUCAGCAGCCCACACAGGGUGCCUCAGGCCAGACUCCACAGAUCUUCCAUUCCCAGACUCUGACCACUGCACCCUUGCCAGGCACCACCCCCUUGUAUCCUUCACCAAUGACCCCUAUGACCCCGAUCACUCCUGCCACACCAGCCUCUGAGAGCUCUGGGAUCGUACCACAGUUGCAAAAUAUUGUAUCCACGGUGAAUCUUGGAUGUAAACUUGACCUAAAGACCAUUGCACUUCGUGCCCGAAAUGCUGAAUAUAAUCCCAAGCGGUUUGCUGCUGUCAUCAUGAGAAUAAGAGAGCCACGAACAACUGCCCUGAUUUUCAGCUCUGGAAAAAUGGUGUGCACUGGAGCCAAGAGUGAAGAACAAUCCAGAUUAGCAGCGAGAAAAUAUGCUAGAGUUGUGCAGAAGUUGGGAUUCCCAGCUAAGUUCUUAGACUUCAAGAUCCAAAACAUGGUGGGAAGCUGUGAUGUGAAGUUCCCCAUAAGGCUGGAAGGCCUUGUGCUGACCCACCAGCAGUUCAGUAGCUAUGAGCCAGAAUUAUUUCCUGGAUUAAUCUAUAGAAUGAUCAAACCAAGAAUUGUUCUCCUUAUUUUUGUUUCUGGAAAAGUUGUAUUAACAGGUGCUAAAGUUAGAGCAGAAAUUUAUGAAGCAUUUGAAAACAUCUACCCCAUCUUAAAGGGAUUCAGGAAGACCACAUAGUGGCUGCCAUGCAUUACUGCCCCCACCACUUGUUUUUAAAUGCGUCAGUUCUGGUGCCGCUGAUGGUACAGUUGUGAGAAGGACACUCGGCUACAGGUGGCAGCAUGAAGUGACACUGUGUCCUACUGCGGACACUGGACAGGUUACCUCCUCUGCACUGAGAUCGCCCUGCAGCAUCACUGUGAGCCGCUUGCUCUGUGCUGCUAUUCGGGCAGCUCUGCCUACUUAUUUAUAUUUAGAUUUUAAACACUGCUGUUGAUGAAUUUGCUGGUUUAAGGGACAGAACUUUUAAGUAUUCAAGCCACCUGUACAAUUGGACUUUUUAUUUUAACUUUUCCCACAUAAGCCAGUUUUUAUAUUUCUACCAGAAAAGUAAAAAAUCUUUUUUUAAAAGUGUUGUUUUCUAGUUUGUAACUCUAAGGAGUUAUUUUUGUGCCAGAUACAUUCCUCCUUCCCAGUAUUGCAGAACUGAAUAGUUGUAUUAAUCAAAAUAAAUGUACAUACUUUCUUUCUCCAGAGGGCUCUGCACAGAAACAUGCAGCUUGUAAAUUGUUAGAUUUUUGUUAUAAACGAAACCUUGUAAGAGUCAUGUGAUCAUACUGUCAAAGAGAUUUAUUUUAGAUAUAAUGCCUGAGACCACUGUUUUGUUUGCUUGUCAUUUGUUUUGUUUUUGUUUGUUGCAGUGAAAAUGGACACGCCACUGAUUUUAUGAUCCACACUGAACACCCUCUUACUCCUUCGAUACUCUAUAGUGUCUGGAUCUUCACCCAACUAGUUAUGUUCUGUUCCUUUUUCAGCCUUCACCGGGGCCUCCUAGCUGGUACGGGACAUGGGAGGGCUCUUGAGUACUUCCGACGUGGAAGUUGGCGUCCUGUCCACAGAUAGCUAGCUUCUCUGAUGUAGCAUUUUUGUCAUGGCUAUUUUCUCUUGAAUACAAGAUGGACACUUAUGAAGCCUUCGGUUAUUUGGGAGCAUUUUAUGUCCUGUUUUUUAAUUGUAAAAGUACAUUGUGCACAGCUCAGAGUAUGUGCAAUCAGAAAGAAGUCUUUCCAUCCUUAGCUGUUCUUUCCCCAGGUAACUUCCAGAUUAGUGUCUUCUCACCCUCACCUAGAUUAUGCCUGAGCUCUCCCGUAUACCUGAUAUGGCAGCAGGCAGAGGGGACACUAAUGAGUGACUGUUUUCAGUGGC